AUGGAGUGGCACAGCCUUCGCCGUUCAGACCGCCUCGAAGGCGAUGCCUCCGCCGAUCCGCCCAAGAGGAAAAUGCCCCGGAUGGAGCGCGCUGCGAAGGCCAGAGCGGCAGCGUCGCAGGAUCAGGCCAGACAGGAGGAGAUUAAGUCGAAGGUAAACAUUGCCAGGGAGACCGCGCGCUCAAAAGGGCGAAGCAAUCACUCGGAUGCAUCCGACGACAUCGGAGGUGCUGAAAGGGUUCCACCCCAACAUCUGCAGGCGGUGCUCUUCUGGAACCAGAAUAAAGAUCUCGACGACGUCGCCGCACAGCAGAGCGUCCCCACGGAGAUGCUCGAGAUGGCGUUCCAAGAGAUUGACGAGGACUCCAGUGGCUUCAUCGUUGUCGAAGAGCUGGUCGAGGCGCUGCACAUGUGCGGCCUGAAAGCCCACCCCAAGGCCGUAGAGAGGAUCAUCUUGGACAUGGACAAAAACAACGACGGUGACAUCGACAUCGUCGAGUUCUGCGAGUUCUUUAGGCAGCUGGAGGAGCUCUCGCAGUUCCACCACAAGGCGAAGGCGCGCGCGCAGUUUUGCAGCAUCCUCUGCAACUGCUGCUUCUUCCUGAACCUGGCGCUCGUCUUUGUCCUCAUCCCGAGGCCUCUGGCACCUACCGUUGACCCCGACCUCUACCAAAUUGUCAGGACGUGCCUCAUAGCGAUGAUAAUUGGCCUCGGUGUGCUGUUCAUGUGCGUGAUCGGAUUGCCCGCGACGAAACUCAGCAUCGGGAAGCACGUCGAAGGCUGGGUGCACUAUUACGAUCAGAUCCAGAUCGCGAAAACCACGCUGAAGCCAGUGCAAGCAGCAGCCCCUGGAGAAACAGCUGAAGCCACCGACGAUCCUGAGAAGCUGCGCGCGGCUGCUUGGACAGCCGUGCAGAAGCGCCAGCUGGCCUUGCCCGGGGUGCCCCCGACGGUGUCCGCUGGCAUGCUCCAGGAACAGGAUUGCGAGCCGCCCGGGGUCAUCGCCGAUGCCAGCGGCAACUUCAUCCGCUACGACCCCGCGGCCUACUCGCGGGCCGCCUUCAAGGCUAUCGAGGCGCGCCAGCCCAAGAAUUUCAACCCCAUGCACACGAGCAACGUCACGGAGCUGCCGGGCGACCCGUCGAUGUCCCGAGCACCGAAGGCGCUCACGAGCGGAAGCGCCUGGAAGAGCUCGCCGUGGGCGGAGCCGAUCGAGGACCAGCCCAGAGGUCCUCAGAACACGGGGCGCUUCGGCCAUGCGGCGCUGGGCAACAGUGCCAGGCCAGAGCUGGGCAACGCCAGCGGCGGGACAUCACAGGGCAUGGCUGCGCUGCCAGCUCCGGAGCAAGUGCUGGAGCAGGUCGACCUGGACGCGGAUUGGGAAUCGAGGUACAAGUACUCCAAGCAGACGAGCGAGGGAGGCGCGAGGGACUCCUACCAGACGGAGGGGUCCGAGGUGUUCCAGAGGCCGCACGGUGCGCCCCGCGGCAGAGCUCGGCCGCGCGGGCGAGCGGCCGAGCUGGCGGCCGCGCUGCUGCUGGCGCUGGGGUCGCCGGCGGGCGCCACCUCCAUGCGCGAGGCGUCCCGGGGGGCCGGGGCCUCGCCGGGCGCCCUGCUGCAGGAACGACUGGAGAGCCUGCAGCGGCGCGAGUGCCUCGCCCGGGAGGAGAUGGCCACCAGGAUCUACCCGAUCGAGAAGCAUCCCGUGGAGUCGUACGUCGUGCGCCGCUCCCUCCCGGCCACGAGCGUCGGCGACGUGCACCUCAAGGUGGGAGACGUGCAGCUGACCAGGGUCGUCGCGACCGUCACGCUGGCGCGCAAGAGCGACAGCGUCUUCUCGUUUGGGCUCCACGGCGAUGGCGGCGCGGCGAUGGCCAUGGUAGAGGGCUUUUUGGACAAGGUCGAUUUUGUGCUGCCCGAGUCCGCCUACGAGGGACUCGCCAAGGGGUUUUCGUCUGUGGAGAACUGGUUCGGGACCCUGGGCGGACUCGUUGAUGGCGACUACGGCCAGAUCGAGAAGUUAAAGGUAUCGGCCAACAUCUCCAUGUCUGGGGACGUCAGGACCGACGAGCGCGGGAAGUGGGAGCUUGAGCCAGACACACAGACGAGCAAGGCCAAGUUCGACAUCGGGUCGGGUGGCCUGGUGCUGUCGAUCAUAAACUCGAUCAUGGCAGGAUCGGGGGGCAAGGCUGCUGAGGAGGCGAUCUUUGACCUGCUGUGGCCGCAGGUGUUGGAGCUCCUGCCCGCAUGGGCCGGAGUCGCGCUCGGCACCGUGCCCAAGUCCGAGGGCAACGUGGAGCACAAGAUCGAGUUCGAUGCUUGGUGCGAGAGCCCCAAAGGGCGGCUGUGCCCAGCCCACCUCAUGCAGCUGAAGGGCACGAUGAAGAGCACGGCGCACGUGCUGGCGAAGCCAGUCUUGCAAAAGUUGGCCGAGCAGGGCGACGCGGGCGUGCUGAGCGCCGUCGCGGACGCGUACAGAGAGAGCGACGCCGUGGUCGGCGGACUGAAGGGCGAGUUCACCGUGGACCUCGGGCUGUCCAAGGAGCACGCACUGUCCCUCCGCGCGCGCCCCAACCUGGACGUGCCCUUGAGGCUGCUCCAGGCUCUGGGCCCCGAUGUCAGGCCAGAGGACUUCCUGCCCGGGUCGGGCAGGCUCUCCCUCCAGGCUGGCCGCCUCGACGUGCGCGACGGCGUGAUCCAGCUUCCACAGAUUCGCGUGGACAACGCCCAUCUGCCCAUAGGUGCUGGAAAGGACACCAUCGAGAUAAGGGGGGCCCUGGAGGAGUUCACGGUAGAGCUGGUGGACCCCACAGGGUGCAAGCCGAAGCCGAGCGGGGAGAACGCUUCGGAAGUCUUCGACCAGUUGUGCGGGCUGGUGGGCGAGGGCGCGCCGCUGACCGUCAGCGCGCCGGGCGUGACGCUUGGCAUGGACCGUGUGAGCGGGGUCCAGCUGGAACCUUGGGGUGGCGGCGACACGUUCACGGCGACCUACGCCUCGAAGGGCGUGUCCGAAUUUCUGGAGGAGGUAGACGACAGGCUUGCCAUGCCCUCAAACGUCCGCACCGCUCCUCCUGACAGCGGUGACGGCGUGGUGCCACCCCAGUUCCAGCGCCCGCAUGACCGCGCGCUGCCGACAUGGGAUGUUGGGUCUCUGCUGCGACACGUAAACGUAAGUUUUGGCGGCAGCGUGACGACUGUCACCACUGAAGGGUCCGAGUUGGUAGAGGUCACCGUCUCCGCCGACGUGGCAGGCAGCUUCUUCCUCGGCCCCUCGGUGCUCCGGGCCGCGCUGGACGGGGCCGACAACGACCUCGGUUACAUGCACCUUGUGGCGGGCGGGUGGUAUGGCACUGGGCCGGGCAGGGGCGGGUCAGGCUCCAGCCCCGACCAGGCGGCCCUCGUGCGCUUGUCCUGCGGCGGGCUGGAGCUCUACAAGGUCAGCCCAGGAGGCAGACCUUACGCGGCGCUGCCGCACAUCACUUUGGAUCUGGCCAAGGACGAGGACUGGCAGAUGCUGGGCGCGGGGGAGCCAGAGGAGUUCCAACAGAUGCUGUGCUUCAAAGUGAAGGCGACGGACGGCUUCCUGUUCUUCUCGAGCGGCGCGGAGCACUUCUUCUGCCCGGCCUCGCGGCCCCUCGGGCGGAGCCUGGAGGCUGCCCUGAAGCUGCAGCGGGGGCGGCUGGAGGCGGCCCGCGCGCAGACGGCGUCGUGCGAGGGCGACCGCGGCGCCUGCCCCGCGCGGCCCGACGGCACGUGGUUCAAGCCGAGCGAGGUCUACGACCGCACCACCUGGCAGCCCCAGUUCAAGGCGCCCGGCGACCCCGCGAUGGAGAGGUCGCCGAACGAGCAGUGGCUGCACGCCGCCUCCGCGCUCGGCCUGGCGUGCGCUCGGCUCUUCAGCGGGCUCGAGGUGUGGGCAGCCCGCGAGGGCCAGCCCACCCCCGCACCGCCGGCGGUGGCCGUGGACGAGGCUCCCUGUCUCGGCAGCUCCCGAGGCCACCGGAGCCCCAUGAAUCCUCUCCUCAACGGGGAGUCGGAGAUCUCGUCGCUCUGGGGCAAGCUCUCGCGCUGCCUCGCGCUGGCGAGGAAGCCGGCUCCCAGGGAGGAGACGAGGCUCCGCGGCGCGAUGUCCUCCGUGCUGGAGGGCAUCCAGGGAGCCGCGAGCACCUUUGGCACCGUCGGCGACGUGGAAGCGCGACUGAAGAGCAGCCUGCGCGGCGGGCUGCUGCUGACCAUGCUCUCGGACUCUUCGAACGCCUGCCUCGUGCUUGCGGCGCUGCUGGACGACUGGGCGGCAGCACCAGGAGCAGCAGCAGCGGUCGCCGCCGAAGAGCAGCUGCUGCAGGCGCCGAGCGGCCCGCGGGCCGCGCUGCGUGGGCAGUUGGCUCGCCUGGAGGCGCUGCGCGCCGCGCUGGCAGAGGAGCUGGCAGAACCUGAGGGCGCCGGGAGGCCCGUCUGGACGCCAGAGAGUUUGCUCGGGUGCGGUGCGCUGCGGUGGUUCUGGCGUGCACGCUUCGCGGGGCAGGUGCGGGCUCCCGUGGAGGGGCUGGCAGACGCCAUAUCCCACCAGUACGAGCCCCUCGACCUGGAGGAGAGGGCCGAGCUGGCUGCCUGGCUCCGCCCCAACGAGCAGGGCAUGGUCAGCCUCGCGGACGCGGCCCUGCUGCUCGACGCCCCUGGCGUCUGGCGAGGCGCGCUGUUUGCCGCCUCUUGCGCGGAGCUCUGCCCCGCUGCGGUGGUGCAGGCGGUGGCGGCUGCGGGUGGGGACCGCCACUUGGGCAUGACCGCGGCGGACAUCGUCGAGGAGUCGCGGGAGAAGCGGCGGUGCGUUCUGCUGCCAGCAUGGACUCGGGAGCAGUUGCGCGGCGAUCGCGUGGCGCUGACUCUGCUGGGAGCCCUCGGCAUGGAGGUGGCGCUCGACGUGCCCGGCGGAGCUGGCGGCCUCCUGGUGCAGUUCCCUUCCUCGGGCGUCCCGCGGCACCUCCUGCGGGCGGGCUCGGCACUGUCCAGGGCCGCGGCCGAGCUGCUGGGGCCUCGGGCAGCAGCCAGCCUCCCGGCCACGCAGGUCUCCGUGCCGCUGUGCGUCGCGAGCUUGGUGGCGCCCGCCCGCCGGAAGAAGCCGAGUGAGCCCUCCUCCGGCGCAUUCUCUCGCGCCUGCACCGGCGCACGCGGCCCCUGCUCUCCGACCUGCUGGAGCUGCAGGCGGGCCUGCAAGGGAGCCGCAAGGCGCGGCUGGCCGCGCGGCUGGCGGCGCAGAGGGGCAGGCGCGAGGAGCAGUGCGCUCCACGCGGCUCGCCAGGGCUGGAGCGCAGCGAGCAGCGGUCGGUCCAGCACGCUCGAGCACGCCGUCAUCGUGGCGCAGCUGCGAGGUAACGCUGCCGAGGAAGACGUCAGCGCCGCGGGGCCACAGCUGCCCGGGCUGCUGGAGGAAGCGGCAGCCGCAGAGGAGGACGCCGCGCUGCUGGCUGAGAUCGGCUGGUGCAUUCGACAGCGCGUCGCCAUCCGACGCGGCCUGUCGCGGAUAGAGGAUGCGCUGCGUGUCGAAGAGGCCAGCGUGUCCAAGUCUUGGGCGCGGAUCAAGCACGGCAGCGACGAGCUGGCAGGGCGCGUGGCGCGGGCGGAGCGGGAGCUCGCCGAGCUGGCCGCUGGCCUCGCAGCGAAGCGGGAGGCCGCCCGGGCGGAGGCGGACGCCGUUUGGGAGGCGCGGCUGGAGCUCGCCGAAGGCAUGGUGUUGGUGGGCGCGGUGGAAGCCGGGGCCGCGAAGGCCGCGGAGGCGGCGCUGGAGGAUGAGCUCCAGGUCCUGCGCUCGCGCUGCGAGGACCUCCACAGAAAGUGUUCGCGGGCCAAGGCCGCCGGGUCGCCGCGCAAGAGGCGCUGAGCGUGAGCUCGUCGUUGCCGCGCCCCCACGCGGAAAGGUGAGCAUCUAAGGCAGACGUUUGUCCAUAACCACAGCCUGGGACAUCGUUCUUCGCGG